AUGCUAACUGGUUGUGAUGAACGUGUUAGGUUUACUUACACUCCGAACUAUUGCGAAGAGAAUAUUUAUUUAUUGCUAAGAAGACUCAUAAGUGAACAAAUCCCAGGUGACUUCUACACUGUGUUCGUCUCGAACCGCUUUUCCUCGGUUGCUUUGUUUAGCCAGAUCAAAGGUGAUGCUUCGAGGAAUCACAUGGUCGUAUGGCUUGUAGGAUUAUCACGUUUUCCUCGUGCGCAAGGAUGUUCGUUCUACUGUAGUGUAUGA